GACUACAAGUAAUUGUCUCAUGAUCAAUGUUGAGAAUGACGUGAAACUGAAAAUGUCUCCGUUUCAGUGCUGUGUUUUUCUCUUUUUUACCCUAUUCUCAAUCGCCUUCAGCGACGAUCUAUUUGCCGAGAAUACUGCAGAUUUCUCUGACACUACAAAUCAGGUUUUUGGGGGUGUUCCCGGUGACGGGAUCGUGGCAGCGUACGGUGACUUCGAUUCGGAUAAACGAACUGAUGUUUUUGUUAUUCGAGAAAAUGGCCACGUCAUGGACAUAUACUUCCAACAGAUGAAGGAAAUUGUUACCUUAUCAAAAACAGUGCACAGUAUUUCCAUAACACGAAAUAAUGACACCAUAACGAGUGUUGUCCCAGGCGACUUUGACGGCAAUUCCCAGAUGGAUGUUCUAAUCACCACCAAACCUAACGGUAGAGUCUUUGACCCGUUAGCCCCUACGUCGGCUUUUGUCUACUGGGGACAGAAUGCAAAAUACAAAUUAGGACCUGUUACAACAGUAACCAAAGUGUUAAAGGAUCAGCCACUAAUGAUGGAUUACAAUGCUGACAUGGUUCCAGAUUUGUUUGGUGUAGAUAUGGAUGGAGUGAGACAGUUUUGGACGUUUAAUGACACUGACAACCACGACUUUGUCAGCAUUCCCCUGGAUGGACCCUCUGCGCCGCUACAAAUCCCGAACUCGAACGCAUUCCUGGACCUGACGGGCAACUAUGCCGCCGAUCUCUUCGUCACCUCCCUUGACGAAAACGAUAUCACCAAGAGCCAGUUUGAGAUUUGGCAGUUGCUGGCCGGCGAACCGGAUGCAUGGAAGAUGCAACAGCCAUACAGUCCUCCUGAGCUACAAGGAAAGGCAGUUCAGUUGGGACAAUCGUCGUUUGCCGAUAUGAAUGCCGAUGGUAAAAUUGACCACGUACUCCCUGUGUGCUUGGAUAGUGAAUGCCGAAAAAGUCUCAUCUACAUGCGUGAUGGAGCGAGCGAUGAGUGGAUACUACUUCUGGAUAUGUCAGCAACGACAAAAGAGAAGUGGGGAUUUGUGCCGCCUAAGGAGAUGUCUAAAUGGGCGUACAUGCCCAUUACCGCCAGGCUAGGGGAUACUAACAUGGACUCCUAUCCUGAUAUCCUCUGCAUUCUGCGAUCAGGGAGCAAUGAAACGAGGCGCGUCGUCUUGCUUGAAAACAAGGACGGGAAGAGCCUGGAGCCAGUGUGGGACAGCAAAGCCCUCAAUGAAAUUGAGAAGCCAAUCCUUGCCACAUUCAUGGACUUAACGCACACGGGGAUAUUGGACAUUCUCGUAGUCAAUCAGAGUCAAUCAGACGUAGAGCCCCAGAUACAUGUCAUCAAGAACAACUUUGCCGUGGAUGCGUACUUCUUCAAAACCCACAUAUUGAGUGGUCUGUGCUUUAGUGACUGCGAUGGCAUUUCAACCAAGUAUUUUUUUCAGCCUUAUGGUGUGAACCAGCCCGGGCCAUUUAUACAUUACACGACAACCAGCUCAACUGGUGUACUGCAGCACGGUGCCGCUCCACAGCUCUACCAGUCAGCCUACUUCUCUCUGCAGCUGCCUUACGUCGUGUUAGGUCUGGGACAGAACCCUAACUAUGUUGACUAUCUGACAGUGAGUGCGCCGUCACCUACAAGGCCUAGAGAAGAGAACGCCAGGCAGCACACAUUCACAUCCAUUAUUCCCAACUCUGAAGUGAUAGUAAUACCGUUUCCUUUGGACACACCAGAAGAAUGGAAGAGUGUGUUGAUCAUCACGCCCGGUCGAUCGGUGUUAGUGACUGGUGGGGUGCUAGUGGGAACCUGUGUAUUCAUGGCACUAGUAGUCGGUAUUCUGCAACUCCUAGAAAAGAGAGAAGAUGACAGAGAAAAGAGACAGGAAUCUCAUCGAUUCCACUUCGACGCCAUGUGAUCAUUUGUCCUUUGUCUCAACCUGUCUUCAAUCUUCAUUUCCACUAACGUAUCGGGAUUCACCUGCUAAGGACAAGAUCGAGCACUUAGCAUUGCUAGCUGACGGACAUCACUCUGGAACGUAGGCUAGUCAAUGAUGGUUGGACCACUCGUGUCUCUAAAUCGGGCGGGCAAAUUCAUAGCGAAAACCGACGCCACAAAAUUGCCCAUUCGAAAGAAAAAAAAACUAAAUCAAAACCCUAACCUUGCUCAUCCAAGUCGCAAUAAAUUGCUUGCUGAGUUUUAGUUAGAUAUCUGUCACCGUAUUUUGUACAACUUUUCUUUGUUUCAAACCUUUUGUAACAAAUGUAAGUGUUUUUUUCUACAAUGUUUCGACCACCAUUUUGCAUUCCUUCACUCCACGUCUGUUGUCUGUAUACCAGCUUGUAAUGGUAACUCCAUGGUGUGAUAAGUUGUAAAAAAAUAUUUUGGUGUCUUCGUUUAACCGAUGCGGUGUUGUAUAUUGAUGCUAUUAUAAAUUAUUUAUUCGGAAUUGCUUUUUAAAAGUAUUUAUUUUGUUUGUUACAAACGUUACCGUCACCACAAAGAGACAACCUAUUACGUAGGCCUAUUUUAAUUUAAGUACCGUUCUUAAUAUUGUGGUUUGCGAUAUGUAUUCGUUUCAUGCGUUAUCUGUUGGAGUCAAGUGCUUGUGUUUUUGUUAAUAGAAGAAUGUAAGGAACAUUACGUAGGCAACUGAAACAUCUCAAUCAUGUAAUUAUGUCUUGUUGGACCUGUUUAUUUUAAUUAGGUGACGGUCAUGAACAAUGCGUUUUGAUUUUCGUUGUUUUCAAAAUGUCUGAACGAUUGUUGCCCAUUGCACAUUGCAAGUGGCUUAUUACACAUAGGGCCUAAUGCAGUGCGCAUGCGUGAAUGGUAUUUCACCUAAGUCCGUAACAAAAUUUGUUAAGAGUGAAAAAAAUGACAAACAACAAAGCACGUAUGUUAGAUACAGAAAAAAAAGAGGUUUUCUCGUGGAUUUCAACUUUAUCUGUCGCAAUGUCACUUUGUGGUGUCGGUGAAAAUGUACGUGCAAGAAAUCUUCAAACCUUGUUAUUGAGGCAAUAUGCUAGAAGUAGAAAAUAAUGAUAAGGGAAGUUAAACAAUUUUGUUUAAGGGGUAAUGACAAACUAGGUGGUUCUCGAAUAGUUUAAAUUAAUAUAUUGAAUGUUAUCAAGACGGCACGUUUUCAAAAUACGACGGUGUAUAGAAGUAAAUCUGCGUUACCAAACUGCAAUGUUAAUUUGAGAGAGGUUUCCAUAGUUCCAAGCCAUAGACCUUUUGCGUUGCGGGUGUCUCGGAGACUGUUCUUUGUUAUUUUGAUUGGGUAGCAAUAGAAUGUUCAAACAUUUACCUAUGCCUAUCCAGGCGAUAUAAAAGCAUUGGUCUCUGGCUCCGCCCUUAAUGCAUACGAUCUAUUGGCACAAGAUAUUUUGUCAAUUAUUCAACCAAAGUAACUCCAUUAAGUUUAUGCCUACAAGACUUGUUGCCUGAGACUCAAUUUUAAGAUAAAAAAGAGUCUUUUGGAGAAGGGAAUUUCUAGACAAUUGUAACCGAGGAGAAUGUACUAGCUGGUGUUGAAUAUUCGGGUAACGGGAGAUCAUGCGUAAAGUGUAUGAUUUGCUGGUAAAAGUUACUAGUACACUUAUCAAAAACAAACACCGCAAAAUUGGAUAACGUAUAGAUGUAGCGUAUUGGAAAUUUGUAUUUCCAUAACCAAGCUUAUAUAUUGUGUACAUUUUCGGGAAUGAGGUUGAAAUAAAAGCUUAUGAAAUAAAAAAUUAAAAAAAAUUAGUGAA